GCCGCCGCUGAGCCCCGAGCGGCCCCGGACGGCCCCGAGAGGCCCCGAGCGUGCCGGGCCCGCCGCCCGCGAUCUGCGCCCUGAGGGAGAGGAGAGGGAAAAAUGGGAGAAUUUGGGGAGGAAUUCCCUGCACAGAGUGAGGCCAGAGCAGCCCCGAGCCCUGCCAGGAGGAAUUCUGCCACGGGAGGGUUCUGGCGCCGGUGACGAGCGAUGGGGUAUGAUGUGGCUCGGUUCCAGGGGGACGUGGACGAGGACCUGAUCUGCCCCAUCUGCGCGGGGGUCCUGGAGGAGCCGGUGCAGGCGCCGCACUGCGAGCACGCCUUCUGCAAUGCCUGCAUCACGCAGUGGUUCUCGCAGCAGCAGACGUGCCCCGUGGACCGCAGCGUGGUGACGGUGGCCCACCUGCGCCCGGUGCCGCGCAUCAUGCGCAACAUGCUCUCCAAGCUGCAGAUCACCUGCGACAACGCCGUCUUCGGCUGCACGGCCGUGGUGCGCCUCGACAACCUCAUGGCUCACCUCAACGACUGCGAGCACAACCCCAAGCGCCCCGUCACCUGCGAGCAGGGAUGCGGGUUGGAGAUGCCCAAGGACGAGCUGCCCAACCACAACUGCAUCAAGCACCUGCGCUCGGUGGUGCAGCAGCAGCAGACGAGGAUUGCAGAGCUGGAGAAAACCUCAGCUGAGCACAAGCACCAGCUGGCCGAGCAGAAGAGGGACAUCCAGCUGCUCAAGGCCUACAUGAGGGCGAUCCGCAGUGUCAACCCCAACCUGCAGAACCUGGAGGAGACCAUCGAGUACAACGAGAUCCUGGAGUGGGUGAACUCUCUGCAGCCGGCGCGGGUGACGCGCUGGGGCGGCAUGAUCUCCACGCCGGACGCCGUCCUUCAGGCCGUCAUCAAGCGCUCGCUGGUGGAGAGCGGCUCGGCGUCCAUCACCAACGAGCUGAUCGAGAACGCGCACGAGCGCAACUGGCCGCAGGGGCUGGCCACGCUGGAGACGCGGCAGAUGAACCGCAGAUACUACGAGAACUACGUGGCCAAACGCAUCCCCGGCAAGCAGGCCGUGGUGGUGAUGGCCUGCGAGAACCAGCACAUGGGAGAGGACAUGGUGCUGGAGCCGGGGCUCGUCAUGAUCUUCGCUCACGGAGUGGAGGAGAUCUGA